GGUGAAAACAGCAGUGUGCUGUGUGUAGACAAUGCGACUGGACGUACUUCAUUGGCGGUUGAGCGCCGUGGUCUCUGUGCUCCUGCUUCUCCUCGUCCUGGGCCAGGGCCAGGACGCUGUCAGCCCCAUCCGGACCACACACACGGGGCAGGUGCGGGGGAGCCUCGUCCACGUGAAAGGCACUGAUGUGGGGGUCCACACCUUCCUGGGAAUUCCCUUUGCUAAGCCGCCUCUAGGGCCACUGCGAUUUGCACCCCCUGAACCCCCUGAAUCUUGGAGUGGUGUAAAGGAUGGGACCUUCCACCCAGCCGUGUGUCUGCAGAACAUCACUCUCUCAAAAGGAGUGGCUCUGAAACUGCUGAAUGUGACCUUGCCUUCCACCUCCACGUCUGAAGACUGCCUGUACCUCAAUAUUUAUACACCAGUCCAUGCCAGGGAAGGCUCCAAUCUGCCUGUGCUGGUGUGGAUCCACGGGGGUGGGCUUGUAAUCGGCAUGGCUUCCAUGUAUGAUGGCUCUGCACUGGCGGCCUUUGAGGACGUGGUGGUGGUCAUAAUCCAGUAUCGCCUGGGUGUACUAGGCUUCUUCAGCACUGGAGACAAGCAUGCAACUGGCAACUGGGGCUACCUGGAUCAAGUGGCUGCACUACGCUGGGUCCAGCAAAACAUUGCCUAUUUUGGAGGAGACCCUGGCCGUGUCACCAUUUUUGGCGAGUCUGCAGGUGGCACAAGUGUGUCCUCACAUGUCGUGUCCCCCAUGUCCAAAGGACUCUUCCACGGUGCCAUCAUGGAGAGUGGUGUGGCCCUGUUGCCUAGCCUCAUUGCUAACUCAUCUGAUGCGGUCUCCAUGAUGGUGGCCAACAUAUCUGCCUGUGGCCAGACUGACUCAGAGGCACUGGUGAAAUGUCUGCGGGACAAGAGUGAAGAGGAGAUUCUUGCCAUUAAUGAGCACUUCAGGAUCAUCCCUGGCAUGGUGGAUGGGACCUUCCUGCCCAGGCACCCCCAGGAACUGCUGGCCUCCGCUGACUUUCAGCUUGUCCCCUGCAUUAUCGGUGUCAACAACGAUGAGUACGGUUGGCUCAUCCCCUAGGCCUUUGCCAUCUCUGACAACCAGAAGGAAAUGGACAGAGAGACUGUGAAGGCUACUCUGCAGAAUAUGUUGGCAUUGUUGGUGUUGCCUCCUGAGUCUGUUGACCUAUUGAUGGAGGAGUACAUAGGGGACAGUGCGGACCCACAUACCCUUCAGGUCCAGUUCCAUGAGAUGAUUGGAGACAUUAUGUUCGUGAUCCCUGCACUCCAAGUAGCCAAUUUUCAGCGUGUGCAUGCCCCUGUCUACUUCUAUGAGUUCCAGCAUCGGCCCAGCUUCUUCAAGGACAUCAAGCCGCCCCACGUGAGGGCAGACCAUGGUGAUGAGAUAUUCUUUGUCUUUGGAACUGCCUUCCAGAAAGGCUACAGUGUCACUGAGGAAGAAGAGCUGUUUAGCAAGAAGAUGAUGAAGUACUGGGCUAACUUCGCUCGAAAUGGGCACCCCAAUGGCAAGGGUCUGCCCCACUGGCCCAUGUUCGACCAAGAAGAGCAAUACUUGCAGCUGAACUUGCAGCCUACGGUGAGCCGAGCCCUGAAGGCCCACAGGCUCCAGUUCUGGACGAAGAUACAGGAACUAAUGGAGGUGGAGGAGAAGCACACAGAGCUGUAACUUCCUGUGUCUGGGGGUCAGGGGGUGAAGGGGUAAGCUUGAAUGCAAGUGGGGGGGUCUGCCAGAUGUGCCCCCACAUAUGUACUGAGGAGCUAGUAGUUUCUUUCCUUCAUUCACAUAGCCAUUCAUGCAUGCUUCCAGCCAGCCUGCCCGCAAACAUUUAUUAAGGGCCUACUGCAUAAUGUUACUUGCCAAGCCCCUGCUGUACAUCCUCUCAUGUUAGACAUACUCAGUGAAUCCCCCAAUAAAGCCAUGAAUGGGCAAACCCCAAUGGAAGCGCAAACCCCACUGAGCCUGGGGCCCCACCCCCUCUUCCUCACCUCUACCUCGUCCCCACCCUCCCUCUCCUCUCCCUUUGAAGGAGGAUGCUUUGGGAAAUGUUACCCACACCUGGCUCUCAACAUGCCCCCCCAUGCUCUCCUGUCUGUAGGUAGUCAGUAGAAAAUCUGGAUGCCAGGAGCCCAGGGGCUCUGAUAUCUUGACCACCGAGGCUUUUACUGAGAAUGUAAAAGUCCCUGUCCCCAUCAUUAU